AGGUAAUUUGAGACCCCUGGUUUAAAGCUUUCUGGAGACAAAAUCACAAGUGAAUACUGACUGUUCCAUUCUGCAGAUAAGUGACCAGUCAUUGUAAGGUUGCUGGUUCGAUCCCUGGCCUCUACCUUGAUAUGCUGAAGUGUCCUUAAGCAAGAAACUGAACCCAUAGUUCCUCUCUUUGUGUGUGUGGUAACUGUAACAAUGACUCAAUCUCACACAUAAACAGCUGAUGUCAGCCAACAACAAACCACUGGUACAAAACAUGCACUGAAGCAGCAGCACAAUCAACAUUUACUGAAGUUGGAUGAGAAUCUGGUCUUAAACUCAAACUACAGAUAAAUAAAUGCACAUUCAAUUAAACUGCUGUACCUUUUUUUUGCGGUAUAACUACAAUGGUACAUUUACUUUUGAUGGAAAUCUGUCUGCAAACGGAGGUUGUGCAGACAUGUUCAUGCCUUAAAGAAUUGGUGUGAUUAGAAACUGAAAUUAGACUGUUAUAAUAAAUACAGUUCUGCUAAGUGUGUGCCCCACCCACUCCUGGUGAAAAGUAUAUUAUCACUGUUGUUGGAUAGAAAUAUUAACAAUUGCUGGAGGUCGCACUGCUGCUGACUUUGCUCUUUUCAACAACAAUCUCUUGACUCUGACUAUCAGUCUGUAGGAAGGAUGAGGUUUGUGCUGAUGUUCCUGGUGUUGUCGCUGGUCGUCCUCAUGGCCGAACCAGGCGACUGUUUCUUUAGAUCUUUGAUCCGAGGAGCCAAGGCGGCAUUCAGAGGUGCCAGGACGGCCUGGAAGGCUCACAGAAAUGAGCAGAGGAUGCGCCGGAUCAUUCGGGGAUGGCGAUACCGACAAAGGAUCUGCGGCAGAGAUGCUGAGGACCAGCAGGUCCAGCAGGACCUGCAGGACCAGCGGGCCUGAAGCCGUCCCUCUGACGACGCUGUUUGAGCUUCUGCUUUCUGCUUUGCAAAGCACCAAACCAUCGGAUGGGUCAACACAAAACAGUAGACUUGGUUUUACAUGAAGCACUGUAGUAGUAGAUGUGGUAGCUUUUGGCACAGCUGCAAUAAAUUUAGAAAUAAUAAAGAAAUAAAUACAAAAUUGCUAAAUACUGCAAACUGUUCUGCUGAAUAAAUCUGCAAUACAAAAAGGUAAUCUCUGCUUCCUGUUUUUAUUUAACAAGUGUUCUUGGAGCUAUAUCAAGAUGCCAAUAAUAAUGAAGAGCAAUGCUUUUUAUUAAGUUCUAGGUAAAUAUUUCUAUUUAUUUUGAAAAAAAGUAAAUGGGUGAAUCAAUUUAUGAAUCUUCACUCUUCCAAAGUUUUGUUUCUGGGUGAACUUUUGUCCCUGAUGUAGCCACAUGAGUCUUUGGGAAUUAAUACAUUCUGGCAGAGCGUAUAGUUGAUGCUUCUGUCAAAUAUAUAUGUCUACAAAUAUCUAAGAUAUUGAAUGCAAAAAGACAUAAUUCACAAUCACAACAAUUCACGUUUCUCACAGAGAGCAGGAGAGAGAGAAGCUAACGCUAGCUGCUAAGCUAAGUAGCUAACAGAACUGAAAAGGGUUGCCAAGGUAACCCCUUUUUUGUGAGUGAAAUGAUUUUUUAACGAUUUGACUCAAACCUGAAUUGAAUUAGAUGCAUAUUUUUGUGUUGCAUGAAUACAUGAAAAACAAAUUAUUAUCCUGCAAUUCACUUUAAUACAAAAUAACAAUUAGGCCCUGUUCUUCAAAGAUGUAGUGGAGUUUUUUUCCUCGACCAAUGGGAUGAGAGUAUUCUGUAUUGUCAUACUCGUGUGUGAAUAUGCUGUCAGUUAACAUAAAAAGCGCCCUGUUAUUCAUUCUUCAUUGGCAUUUACUGACUUUUAUUUGAUUCUCACAAUAAUACGGGACAAAGUGCGUCCCUUUUCACCUCAAUAGGGGACGGGUGCUUCUGUUUCUAAAUACGGGACGAUUCUGUUUUUCAAGGGGGGUUGGCAACCCUCGAACUGAAUAACAUAUAAACAGAUGAGAUUAGUCAUAAAGUCGCUA